GGCGGGGCGGGGCUCAGCGAAUCGCCUGGUGAAUAAUACAUGAGGGGGCGUGUCAUAGGGCGGGAGGCCCCGCCCUCCCUGGCGCGGAGGGGGAGACGGUCCCAAGAUGGCGGCGCUGCAGGCGGAGCGCGGGUACGGGUUGUCCUGCGGGCGGCUCGGCCGGGGCACCCGCGUCUCCGUCUUCCACGUCAAGCUGACGGACAGCGCGGUGCGGGCCUUCGAGGGCUACCAGGGCAGCAAGGACUCUGUUGCAUUGAGACCAACAAUCCAAUUUCAAGGAAACCAAGGGCACAUCACUAUUCCCAGGCCUGAUUGCCAAACGGAAGUGCGAACUUUUAUGUUUUAUCUUUCAAAUAUUGGCAGGGACAGCCCCCAGGGGAGUUUUGACUGCAUACAGCAGUAUGUAUCCAGCAAUGGUAAUAUCCAUCUGGAUUGUCUUGGAAGCAUACAGGAUAAAAUCACUGUGUGUGCUACUGAUGACUCCUACCAGAAGGCAAGGCAGAGCAUGGCACAAGCUGAGGAGGAAACUCGCAGCCGAAGUGCAAUAGUUAUUAAACCUGGCGGGAGAUAUGUAGGUAAAAAGGUUCAGUUUCGUAAGCCUGCACCAGGAGCUUCCGAUGCUGUUCCCUCUAGGAAACGUCCAACACCAGUCAACCUCGCUAGUGCAAUAAAGAGAGGCAAUAGUGCAAUUUCUCAGAGACCCUUCAAAGAUAGGGUUGUGCACUUAUUGGCACUAAAGCCUUAUAAGAAACCUGAACUUAUUCUCAGAUUGCAAAAGGAUGGACUUUCUCAGCAGGACAAGGAUUUGCUGGACAGCCUCCUGCAACAGGUGGCAAAUCUGAGUGCCAAGGACAGCACUUACACAUUGAAAGAUUGUAUGUACAAAGAUGUACAGAAAGAUUGGCCUGGCUACUCGGAAGGAGAUCAGCAGUUACUGAAGAGGAUACUUGUUCGGAAGCUCUCUCAGCCCCAGAAUGUUAGCAGUUUUGUGGGAGACGCUCCUUCUUUGAGUCCCCCAAAAGACAAUGUGAACUCCUCUUCCCCUCCUCAGAAACGAUCCCAGCCUCUGGAAUUCAUUGAUCCACUAGCCAACAAAAAGCCUAGGAUAUCUCACUUGGCCCAUAGAACUCAGCCCACUUUCAAUGGGAAACUGAACUCCUCGAACGGGAAAGAUGCACCGGCUCCUGCGGUGCAGUCGGCUGUGGCCGAUUCUGUCAGCUCCGGCUCUCACUUACCAGUUCUGGAGCUUCCAAGGCCUCAUGACCCCCUUUCCGAUGUCAGCAGUGACCUAAGUCACAAUGGCAGAGACUGUGAGAUCCCAGAGGCAACUGACAGAUUGACUAAUCCUUUGUCAACAGACUGUCCCCAAACGAGCAAACACAACUGUAGCUCACUGUAUGUGAAAACAAAGAAAAAAUCCAAAAAGCACAAAGAAAAAGAGAGGAAAGAGAAAAGUGAAGAAAAAUGCAAAGAGGAGAAGCAGGACUGUGAACUAAUCAAGAAAGUUGGCUUAAAAAUUAAUACCUCCAAGGGUGUCACAGGUUUAAAUGGAACAUGCAAUAAUUCUAGUGUACCAACAUCAACUUCGGAAAUGCCAGAUUAUUUAUUAAAAUAUGCCUCCAUUUCCUCUUUGGAGCAGCGUCAGAGUUAUAAGAAUGACUUCAAUGCAGAGUACAAUGAGUACAGAGACUUGCACGCCCGGAUAGAGAGAAUAACUCGACGGUUCACCCAGUUAGAUUCCCAGCUGAAGCAGCUUUCGCAGGGCUCUGAAGAAUAUAAGACUAUCCACGAUCAAAUUUUACAGGAAUAUCGUAAAAUUAAAAAGACAAACCCUAAUUACAGCCAAGAAAAGAAUCGCUGCGAAUACCUGCACAACAAACUGGCUCAUAUAAAAAAACUGAUAGCAGAGUAUGACCAACAGCAGUUUUAGUCUUGGCACUAAUAUCUGGACUGGGUAGUGCAAAAAAAAAUUCACUUGGAUGUUAGUUUCCUUUAUACAACAAAAAAUAAAUUCCUUUCAGAGCCAAGCACGAAGUCCUCGUGGUUGGAAGAACUUGGAGAUGAUUAUGAUGCGGAGUCUGUCACGCCAGCAUCUGAGCCAAGUAGUGGAACCAGCGCCUGGCAUAGUCCUCUCAAGUUUUACCAUCUCUGAAUGUUGGAAAGUAAAACAAAGGAAACUCUGCUUAUUUGAAGCCAGCUAUUGACACUUAAGGGAAACUUUCCUGAAGUGAAUAAAACUCCCAAAGGUAAAGAAUCAAAGGUUUUCAUGGAUAAAGUUUGGAAUGAAGUUUAGUUCUUGCUGGCCCAGCUCUCGCUGUGCUGCAUAUUCUGUUCUGCAGAUGGUGAGGAACUGGAAUGCUGCUAAGUUACCUCCUUCUCUGGCACCUGCAAUGUUCAUAUGCAAGCUGUCUGCGCUACAUGGCACCAUGUUAAAUGCUCAAUUUCCCAGAGCUCUCGUUGGUCAUUCCUGUUUGUCAUCUUCUCCAGUUUGUGCUCUCCCUUGAGAUGGCUGUGUCAGCAGGAGGGAAACUGCCCAGGAAUCUGCACCGAAUGCUUUGUCCGAUGCAGACUUUUGGAUUCUUCAUAUAUGAAAUCUCUUCUCCAGCUUGUGCAUUUGGAAACAAUCGGCGUAAACUUUGCCAUGGCUUCUCCAGUGUGCACAAUUCAGUCAGCCUGCGUUAUACUUCAUAUACCAAUGCCAGGAAGACUGAGACCUGUCUGUCUUUGACUUUUAUAGUUUUAUACCGAGACAGCCAAUUUUAUUAAUUGCUAAUGAGACUGUGGUCUAUUUUUCUAUAUAUAUAUAUAUAUAUAUAUAUAUAAAAGAAGCAUCUUUUCUAAAACUGUGCCUCCCUUUUCCUUUUAGGCCAAGUGUCUCAGAACCUUCCCUGUCUUAUAACUGCAGUAUUACUAAUGCUCAUUGGAUAAUUACCCAGAGAAGUUAUUUUGUUGUUUGUAAUGACCCUUAGAAUGGGAUAAAAAAGGAUUUGGUGGGGUGGGGGAGGGCGAUGCUUGCUUGUUCUGUGUUCUGCACAUUUCCAAAGAAGCAGCAGCAGAGACUCAAAGGCUCAGAACAGGAACCAGAAGAGAGAAGGUUGAGAGAAGUAAGGUAGCAUGUCCAGUGCGGGUCACUUACACUGUUGUGCUUUGUCCAACCCUUUCCUCUGGAUUUUUGGACUUGAAGGGAAUACUUUAGAACAUGGCCGAGGCGUGAGGAACUCAGCAAAAAGCACAAAGGUGCCCUUUAGUGCUGUGGUUUUUACCUUUAAUCCUGCCAGCCUGUGUGAUUUUACUCGCUCCUGCUUCCACUUUAUCUUCCAACCAGCAGAGGUUUUCUUUCGUCCCCAGUUGUGGCUCCUUGCAUCAGAAGAAUGUGAUCCUCUUUGAGAGAGUAAAAUGGCAGAGUCAGGUCAUCAGGAAUGGGGGCGGGGGGGGAAAGACUAGUUCUUCUCUGACUAGGUUCUGUUUUGUGUUUUGCGGCCCAAGAAAAUGUGGGUCCAUCUGAAAUAAUUCCAUUCCAGCUGGACUCUAUUGCUGCUAGUUUAAUAGGCUUGUGCUCCAAAACCUCUCACCAUUUGUCAUCUUAAAAGGCCCUUGUUCAAAGUGUAGAUAGUUUUAAAGUGUCAGAGUUUCUCUUUCCUGCCUAGUCCUCCAACACCAGUGGGAUUGCUGAUGCUGACAUAGUUUGCUCCCCCAGGGAUCUGGCUUAGUGCUAAUGGGAGCCAUUUGCAUAUACCGCUAUGCCGGUUCUGGUACGGGGGUUCUGCAGCCAUGAUCCAUGACUAGCCAGUGGCCAGUUACAAUUUGCAGACUAGCAGGAGGGCCUCAUGUUUUCAGAACCAAGCAGUAAAGGGUUCGUAAGGAGUUGGGAAGAUAAGGAGGCUCUCACAGAGGUCUGCAGAAUGACUUGGUGGAAGAACCCAGUGUUUUGUGGGAGUGAAGUCCUAGAAACAGCUGAAGUUUUAAGGAAAAUGUUGGUGUCUUUGCUUCCCCUACCCACAGAGCAGACUAACAUUCCGUGGGGUAGGAGAGCAGGGGAAGGUUUUCUUGUCUUGUGGACAUAAGUAGCUGUCUUCAGAACAUCUCAUGCCCCACUGGGGCUUCCAGUGGAUAGGGAAAGCUGAAAAAUAUGGAUGAUUUGAAAGUGAAAAGCUUUUGUCAAAUGAGUUUUUUCUCUUGAUGUUACACGCACGAGUUCCCCCUCACCCCCAACAGCAAGUGGUGGUUUCAUGGGACUAUCACAAACAAAGGACGUCCAUUUUUCCUUGUCUGAGCUCAAAGCCUGCUAAAAACACGGGCGAUCUGAAACAGCUUUGGUCCGACAGACUUUCUGUAGCUGCGAGUCGCAUCAAGAUCUGUUUUAUUAGCGCAUCAGUGAUCGGUUUUGUUCCAACUGUGGUUAAUGUGGGGGGUUACGUUGCCCUGCUGUUGGGCUCCCUCUUCACCUUCUUUGUACUGUUGUCAGCAGAGAUCUCUGGGCACGUUGUGAGGAUUCACAAUGCAAGGCCCAAACAGCAACUGAGUGUGGCUGUAGGCAGCUUCGCUAGCCGGCAGUUGUGGGAAUCCAGCAUUUUCUGGUGGCAGCACUAAAUCUGUGUAAAGGCUCUGCCAGAAGGCAGCAUCGUGAUUUCGGGAUGCAAACAGCAACAUUCUGCCAGACGAUGCAACCAGUUGGGCUUGAAAGAGUUUUUUCCUUGGUGGCUUUCAGAUUGGUGGUCUAAUCUGAAGCACAAACAACAUUUAUCAGCCAUCAUGUUCUUUUAGCAAAAGAAACACAAAGUAUGCUUCCUCUUGAAAACGCAAGGAACCACAACUCCAAAUGGCAGAAAAGGGCAUCAGUUAUGAACCAAGAUAAAUUCUUCCAUAGAAACACAUCUCGUUCUGAUCCUUAAUAUUUUGAAAGGGUUUUUUGGAAUUUUUUUUUUUGAGGGAAGUAGAGAUGGAUCUCAGUCUUUAUACAUCUGCUAUAAAAUAUUUUUGCAAACAGAGUUGUAUACAAAGAUGUAUUAUGUACAUUUACAUGUAUAUUCUGGAACUUCUAGAAUCGGAAUAUAAAGCUGAAAAAAUAUUUAAUGACUAUCCAAACUGUGAGACCCAAUUAGCUUAACUUUCUGCUUCACUUUUCUUUUGGUCUGUGUUAUGUAGUCAAAUCUGCCUUUCUCUCCCCCCCCCCCUUUCUUUUUAGAGAGUAUGAAGCUAGGCAAAUCUUGUGCUUUUUGGGUUAAUAGAAACCAGUUCUAGAUGAUUAAAUAUGAUCUAACUUAUUGAUACCGUGUUUUACUUUGUAAUAUUGUACUGUGGAUAAAACUAUAUUGAGCCAUGGAGUUGGAGUUUACAAAGAGCUUUUCACUUUGCCAAAAUGUUACAGUUUAAAGGCAGCGUACUCUUCAGCUUUCCUAAUCUUUUCUUAAAGAGCUAGUGUCUUUUUGUACACUAAAAAGCUGAAUGCUGAUUUUGCAACAUAUAAUAAAUUCACUGUAUUGGAAAACAAGCACAA